AUGUCGGUGCUUCUCGCCAUUUUGCUUCUUGGAGCCUCGAGCAUUGGAAAAACAUCACGGAAAAGUGCAAGUGUACAGGCAGCUGUUCAACCUGUCGCUGGCCCUGCAAAAGCUUGGCAGCCUGUGACUGGCGCUGGCGAGGCCGAAAUCGCGAGAGUCACUACUGCGACAGCAGGUGAACAGCUGCUGCUGUCGCCGUGCAACGAUGAUGUCAUUGGCGUUGACGCACUCGGACCAGUCACCCCACCAGGGGAAGAGCUAGCGAACGAGUGGAGACUAUCCAAGGGAUUGUUUCUAAAUAUUCCUGUGGGUGCGAGUGACGAGAUCCUAUCACGUUUUGGAGGUGAUCCCAGGCAAGAGGUCGAGGAAGAUCAAGGCCCAUUGGAAAUGAUUAAUAGGACACUCGACAAUGCUUUGGGGUAUGGAAAGACACCUGAAGAUCUUGCGAAAUGCAUGCGCCGUGGAUUAACGGAAUAUGUCGUGAACACGGACAUUCAGUUUUACUCGAUUUCGUACCUAUUGCAGAAGCAGAAACUAUUCUGGCUGUUCUACUUGAUGGGUUACAUGUUGGCGAACGAGAAGAAGAUGUCAAAGAGGUGGAAGAACCUUCACACCAUCCAGAGAGUGCGGACGGAAGAACACGUGUGCCAGUCAAUCGAGAAGUGA